AUGGAACAUACAGUAUCUAAGGAAGAAGAGCAUUCAGCCGAAACAGAAACUGAAGAAACCUUAAGUGUAGCUUCUGAGUCAGAAACUCCUCAGACAGUGCCUGAAGAAAUGGAGCAUACAGUAUCAAAGGAAGAAGAGCAUUCAGUCGAAACAGAGACUGAAGAAUCCUUAAGUGUAGCUUCUGAGUCAGAAAUUCCUCAAACAGUGCCUGAAGAAAUGGAACAUACAGUAUCUAAGGAAGAAGAGCAGUCAGUCAAAACAGAGACUGAAGAAACCUUAAGUGUAGCUUCUGAGUCAGAAAUUCCUCAGACAGUACCUGAAGAAAUGGAACAUACAAUAUCUAGGGAAGAAGAGCAUUCAGUCGAAACAGAGACUGAAGAAACCUUAAGUGUAGCUUCUGAGUCAAUAGAUAUGCCUCAUCUAUAUCAAUAA